AACAUGAAUUUCAUCAAGACUGUUUCACCCCCGCUCCGCCGUGCAACCGCUUUCACACCCUGAGUGGCGAGUGCGUUGGUUGGAGACUGAAGAGCCAAACUGCACACGGAAACAGUGCAUAGCGCACCGAAUUCGGAUCCCAGUGCAUCCUACGUAGCUAACGCAGUUCAAAUAUAUCACUGUGUAGAAUAUAAUCAGUACAUUUCUGGGGGAACACUUUACUCUUUAUAAACGAAUUGGACUGUUGUUAUAACGAUCUUCUGGAUAAAGACUAUAACUACUGGGUAUUGCACUGACUGGCGGCCAGUGCAUUUCCCCCCAUCCUCAAGAUGCAUAUGAAUAGCUUAUUAAAUCAAUGGACAGACAUCACUCCCCACUCCAGGAUGUGUGACUGUGACGUGGAUGUGUCCUCAGAGCCCACCAGCCCCAGGCUCUAUGGUGAGUCCUCUGACAAAUACUACCAUGUGGACCGCUGGCAGAAGCUCCGCACCGCCGUCCGCAAGCUGGAGUUCUGGGAGAACUUCACCGCCGAGCUCAUCGGGAGUGGCUUCUUCUCCAAAGUCUACAAGGUGAUUCAUAGUACGAGCCAUAAGGUGAUGGUGGUGAAGAUCUAUAAGAAUGAUGUGGACCAGGAUAGCAUCGUGCGUGAGAUCAGCCUACUGCAGAAGCUCUCCCAUCCCAACAUAGUCAGGUAUCUGGGGAUAUGUGUGAAGGAAGAUAAACUCUACCCUAUUUUAGAGUAUGUUAGUGGAGGAUGUCUGGAGGAACUGUUGGCCAGGAAGGAUGUGUCUCUGUGCUGGAGGGAGAAGGUGGACCUGGCCUGUGACAUCACCAGAGGAAUGAUCUACCUGCAUUACAAGAACAUCUACCACAGGGACCUCAACUCAAAGAACUGUCUGAUCCGUGUGACAGCGCGGGGCAGGGAGGCCCUAGUCACAGACUUUGGCCUGGCCAGAGAGGUGGUGGAGCUGCCGGUUAAAGACCCGGAGAGGAAGCUCUCCCUGGUGGGAUCUGCCUUCUGGAUGGCCCCGGAGAUGCUGCGUGGGGAACCCUACGAUCGCAAGGUGGAUGUAUUUUCCUUUGGAAUUAUGCUCUGUGAAAUACUGGCAAGGAUCCCUGCAGACCCAGAGAUUCUACCAAGAACCCAGGACUAUGGCCUGGAUGUGAGUGCAUUUAGGGAGCUGGUGGGCGGGUGUCCUCAGCGGGUGUUGGAGCUGGCAGCCAGCUGCUGUCUGAUGGAGUCCUUCAGGAGACCAGCAUUCACAGAGCUGCUGGAUGAACUGGGGGAGAUUGCUGAGACUCUGGAACCGCCCCCUAACCCGCCCCCUAACUCAGAGCUGACUACUGGGUGAGCUGCCUAGGUUGGCCGAAGCCCCACCCA